AUGGUAUCCUUCGAUGUUGUCUCACUUUUCACUUCCAUCCCACAACAGCUAGCGAUAGAUGUUGUUGGCCAACUUCUGUCCGAACGCUACGAUGACAGCAAGAAACCGCUAAAUUCUGAACAUUUGCUAGAACGUUUACGGCAUUGCCUCAAAACCUACUUCAUGUUUGGUGGACAAAUGUAUGAGCAGAUUAAAGGCACUCCCAUGGGCUCCCCCUGUCAG